AUGGAUGUAGAAUAAGUAGAACUGAACAUUGCGCCUUAAAUAUCUGAUUCUAAUUAAGGGAAUGAUUAAGUCUAAAAUUCGUAGCUUGCUCUUAAUUCAGUAUAUUUAAAUGCUAGACAAUCAUAUUUAUAUAAGAAAGGAAAACUUUAAUUUUUAACUUUAAAAAGAUCAACAUAGGCUAUCUUAAUUUACAGAAUAUUUUAUGUUCUUCUUUGUAUAAUACCAUUUUAUAAAUGCCCAUUUUAAUGCAAUAAUACUCUAUUGAAUAUUUUAUUACUGAUCUGUAUUGGAUUAGAAUCGUAAUCAAAAAAUUUAUGAUUAGUUUUAAGAUAGCAGAUUCAAUAUAUUAUUUAAAAAAGGUUACAUAUUAUUUGUAACUUUUUUCAUCAUAAGAUCCAUAAUAAGUCAUACCAUUUUCAAUUAAUGACUUUUAAACGAUAUUUGCAUUAAGAAAUGCCAUAGAUAUGUUGCAUAAAAAUUCAUUCUAUUUCAGAAUCAUAAAUAAUAUGUAUUUACUUAAGCUAUUUUCAGAAUUUGGAUUAUUUAUUACAUAUUUUAUGUAGCCUUCUUUUUUAGCAAUGCUUUAUAUUAUACUAGUAAAAAUAUGCUUAUAUUAUAGAUGAAUAAAAUGUUAUAGUUUGCUUUAUGCUUAUUAUAAUUUCUUUAGACUCAGCUUUUUUUAUAUUCCCAUAUAUUAUUAAUUUCAUUGGAUGGAUUUGCUUGAAAUCUUAUGAUGCCAUUAAGAAAUUAACAUCCAAAAAUAAUGUAAAUAACUUAUUCAUCUCUAGAAACUUAUUAGAUCAUUAAAAAAAGAGAAAUAUAUUGAAGGCUAAUAACUGUCUGAUGAAAAUAUUUGUAUAAUUUGUUGGGAUUAAUUUAAAAAAGAUGAAUACUAUACACGAUUAAAAUGUAAUAAAAACCAUAUAUUUCACAUAACAUGCAUAAAAAUAUGGAUUAAAACAAAUAUAACUUGUCCAGUUUGUAGAUCCUAGUUAGUUUGA